AUGUCCGAAGAACCGGGUUCUGACAAUGAAUUGGAGGAAAACUACUAUACUUUUCUAAAUUUACCCAAAGAUGCAACUGCUGAUCAAAUCAAUACCAGCUAUCGCAAGCUUAGCCGCAUUUAUCAUCCGGAUAAACACACAGAGCCGGAGAAGAAGCAAAAGGCUGAGUUAAUGUUCAAUCGUACCAAGAAGGCAUAUGAAGUAUUGUCGGAUCCUCAUAAACGAGCAAUUUAUGAUUCGGUGGGUGAGAAAGCUUUACGUACCGAUGGCUGGGAUUUGGUACACCGUACAAAAACUCCCGCAGAGAUUAGGGAGGAAUAUGAACGGCUCGCCCAAUUGGCGGAGGAACGUAAGUUGCUGCAAAACACUAAUCCUAGAGGAAAUGUUACUAUUAAUGUCAAUGCCACGGAGAUAUUUUCGCCUUAUGACGAAUCUGAAAUGCCUCGUAUUGAGGUUUCCUCGAUGAGUAUUUCUCAAUCUAUAGAAGCUCCCUUGACACGAAGAGACACCUUGACUUUAAGCGGCAAUCUAAUGUCGGCUAAUGGCAAUGGUAACGGAGGCUUUGUGGUCUGUGGUAGACGUCUGCUUAACAAAGGUUGGCUGCAGCUGGAUGUUGGUGCAGGCAAUGGUUUGAUAACGGCCGUCAAAGGCGGCAGGACACUUAAUUCUGUCUUGACUUUAAAUGCUGGUGCCCAAAUGAAUUUCCGGGAGAAUGGUGUUAUACCUGGACUAUUUUCUACAUUAGCUGUACAACUAGACAAGCAUACAAUGGGUUCGCUGACAUUUAAUGCCGGCUCUCAGUCUAGCAUGACUACGCAAAUAGAUCGUACAAAUGAGCGUUACUCCUGGUCCACAUCUUUUGUUAUUGGCUCGCCCCAUAUAUACUAUAGUAUAGCGUAUACUCACAAAAUGCUAGAGAAUGAGCUGAAAUUGAAAGUAGCCGCCAAGGUGGGAACUUUUGGAUUUUUAGCCGAGUAUGGAGCUGAGAAGAAAGUAUCAAAAUAUAGUUCCGUUUACGCUUCCGUGUCAUUAGGUGUACCGACGGGAGUUAUUUUAAAGUUCAAAGUUACACGCUCCCAACAAACCUAUAUAUUUCCCAUACACCUGAGUGAAGAAAUUGUGCCUGCAGCUGUAUUUUAUGCAACUGUUACACCAGUCAUUGUAUGGUUUUUUGUUAAAAAAUCCAUUAUAGAGCCCAUGCAAGCCGAUCGUAAAAAUAUUGAAAUAGAAAAGACUAAACGUAAUAAUGAACAACGUAUGACAAUGAGACGCCAGGAGGCGAACGCGGCCGUUGAGUUGAUGCAGCAUACCUAUCAGCGUAUAGUCGAAGAGGAAACCGAACGCAAAGGUUUAAUUAUAAACAAAGCCAUCUAUGGUCAAUUGGAAGAGAAUGGUAAUGAGUUUAUAGCUUCCGCUUCCAUAGAUGUCACCAUACCAGUACAAUGUUUGGUCAGGGAGGGUGUCCUAAUACUAUACAAUUCAUCCAAGAGCGAUUUGCCCGGUUUCUAUGAUCCCUGUAUUGGUGAAUCGAAAGUUUUACGUCUAGACUAUACGCACAACAAUGUUAGCAAUACAUUGGUUAUUAAAGAUUUAGAAGCUGUUCGACUGCCACGAUAACUAUAUGUGUGUUUUGUAGCUAUUAAUGUAGUUGUUUUAAUUUAUUAGUUUCCAUUUUUUCUCUUCUAAAAAUUUUCAGUUUUGCUUGAAAAAAUUAAAUCAAAAAAUUAUAUUAGGCAAAUGAUUUUGUAUGUUCAUUAUGUUGAUUUCCCCGGACACUGACUAAAAAUGUCUUUCAUUAAAUAAAUGCUUUAAAAGUAUGUAAAUAAAGACGGUAAUAUUAAAAAAUGAAA